UCGCACCGGCGCCAGUUGCGCGCUUCUUUACUUUCACACCGCAAAGCCUGAAUGAGUAAUUAAGACACAUGUAAUAAUUACCAAGGGACAACGAUGAGUGAUCGUUUGACGUCGAGAGACGUGUGGAAAAAAGUUUAGCGAGUAUUGUGGUGCUUCGUUAAAUCUUGUAAAACGUUAGAUAUAUAACAUAUUUUAACAGAAAUUACUUUAGAGUUUCUAAAACACUUCAACUAUGGUCAAUGGAACAUUUGACACUGAAAAUCAACCAAUCAAACAAAAUCCAGGGUUAAGAACAUUUACGCUCACAGAGAGAAUCUUAUUUGUAAUUGCAAUAUGCGGUUUUUGUGCAUGUGCUACACUCCUUAUUGGCCUCGGAGUUAUAAUUAAUCAUCGUACAAGCUGCAAUAAAACAGCAACUGAUAGAUUACAAAAAAGAGAUGUUUCGUCAGUCCAACCUGAAUUACAUAACAAUAAUAUAGCAGGAAAUAGCACUACUUUCAAAGCAGAAAUGUGCCAUGAAUUUUGUUCAUCGUCAAGGUGCUUAAACGAAGCUUCCUUUUUCAAACGAUAUAUAGAUGAAAAAGUGAAUCCUUGUGAUGACUUCUAUCAAUUUGCAUGUGGCAAUUUUAUAAAAACCACGGAAAUUCCUGCUGAUAUGAACAAAAUAGACACAUUUAGCUUUACUCAGAAAAAUGUGAUGAAUGAGUUGAUAGAUCAAAUGAAAGAAGAAAUAAAACCAGAUGAACCAAACGCUUUCGCUAAAUUAAAGAUCUACUAUAAGAAUUGUAUGAAUAUAAGUCGCAUUCAAGAAGAAGGCGUAAAAGAUUUUUUGGAAAUGUUAACUGGAUUUGGGGGUUGGCCAGUGCUACUCGGCGAUAAAUGGAAAGAGGCUAACUACUCUUGGAUCGAGACUGUUUAUAAAAUAAAAGAUCAUGGAUUUCCGAUUACGUUUCCGGCCUACGUUUACGUUGGAAACGAUCCAGAUAAUAGUACAAAUAGUCUUAUAAAUGUGCUAAAUGCAGUUACAAGAAUAAGUAGAACUUACCUGUUAGAUGGUCGAGAAAGUAAAAUGGUAAUGGCUUAUUAUGAUUAUAUGGUUGAUAUUGCCAUGUUACUGGGUGCUAAUAAAAUUGCGGCGACGACGGAACUUCGAGACGUUCUUAAUUUUGAAAUUGAGCUUUACAAUAUUAAAACACCUAUAGAGCAGCUAUUGGAUAUAUCGCAAGUACAAAAUCCGUUCACUAUCAAAGAAUUAUCGGAAAAGUAUCCUGUCAUACCGUGGUUGCAAUUGAUCAAUGAAAUUUUUGAAAGCAGUAAUAUCACCGUCAACGAAAGUGAAAUAGUUGUUCUCAACGAUGUCAGAUUUAUACAAAAGCUCGAGGAUUUAAUUGCAAAAACACCUAAGAGGAUCCUUGCUAAUCAUUUGAUUUGGCAAGCAGUUUUCGAUUCGAUAGAUUAUCUUCCAGACAAUUUCCUCGCUCGUAAACUUGAGUUUUCAAAGGUUGUUAAAGGUGUUAAUAAACGUAAAGAAAGAUCGUACCUUUGUGUGAAAGAUAUUAUGGAUGGAUUUACUAUUAGUCUUAGUGCACUAUAUGUGCGCAAAUAUUUCAAUCUCAAAUUGCGUAGCAGCGUUUUGGAAAUAGUGGCAGGUGUUAAAGGACAGUUUAGGGAAAUGUUACAAGAGGUUGAUUGGAUGGAUUUUGAAACAAUAAAAGCAGCUUUAGAAAAAAUUGAUGCAAUGGAUGUCUACGUAGCAUAUUCCGAGGAAUUGUUUGACGACCAAAAAAUCAACGAUCACUACAAAGAACUCGAAGUCAACGAUGGAAAUUAUCUUAGUGCAGCUUUCAAUGUUUCCUUGUUCUAUUUAAAACAGUAUUAUAGUAGCUUAAGAAAACCUGUGGAUAAAAACGAUUGGACAUUGAAGAAAAACACUGCUGUUGUAAAUGCUUAUUAUUACUCAACGCAAAACCUUUUCGAGAUACCGGCUGGAUUUUUACGAGAACCAUUUUUCAACUACGAAAGGCCAAAAUAUUUGAAUUAUGGAUCAAUCGGCUCUGUCAUAGGACACGAAAUCACACACGGUUUUGAUAGUGAAGGUAGGAAAAUUGAUAAAAACGGAAAUCAAAUUGACUGGUGGCAAGCAGACACUGCAGAGAAAUACUUAGAGAAAGCUCGUUGCAUGAUCGACCAGUACAGCAACUAUACCGUUAAACAAGUCAACUUAAAGUUAAACGGUAACCGAACAAUAGGCGAAAAUAUAGCUGACAACGGCGGAUUCAAAGCAGCUUAUUACGCAUAUAAUAAAUGGAUUCGUCAGACGAAUACAACAGAACCUUGUCUUAAAGGCUUUAACUACACACCUCAGCAGAUGUUUUGGAUCAGCGCUGCGAGUAAUUGGUGCAGGAAAGAAAAACUUGAAUCGCUUAGAGAUAAUGUCUCUCAAGAUAUACACAGUCCAGCUAUGGCUCGAGUCACUCUUUCUUUUUCUAAUAUUAAGGAAUUCGCUGACGAUUUUAAAUGUCCCUUAGGCUCAGGAAUGAAUCCAGUAAAAAAAUGCGUUGUGUGGUAAGAUGUAGUUGAGAUAAUAUUACUCUCACUAAGAGACUAAAUUGUUUUUUUUUUAAAUAAUGAAAAUGUAUUUUAUUAGUUUUUAUGUGUUAUCUUAAAUCUUGACAGUCAUUUCAUAGAUAUUUUUCCUUAAUAAUGUGUAGAAAAGAUAUUUUUUUAAGAUAACUAGAAUCUUAGCAAUUUUAUAUUUUGGUAUUUCUUUUAUAUCUUUGAAAAUAAUAUUUUUCACAUAAAAUCUUUUUACAUUACGAAUGUUGUACCUGAAUUGUAACAAGCAGAAUAAUUUUUAGAAAUAAUAAUAUACCUACUUAUUUCUGCUUAUACAAUGAUAAUUUAUUAUUUUAACUACAGUACUAAUAAUGUGCACGUGUUAUGAGUCAAAUAACUUU